GGCAUAUAAAAUUACUGAUAAAAUAAAAUUUACACAAGUAAACCCUAGAAAAAACUCAUUUUCCUUCCUCCGAUCGAAGCACCACUCUCCUGCCGAUCAUCUUCUUCUCUCUCCCGUCUUAAUUCUCCUUCAAGGAACGAAAACAAGCGAAAAUGCAAGCUGGUGAAGGUGCCCUGUCUGUUAUGGGUCCACGACCAAUGGACAUAACAUACAGUAGUCAGCAGAAUACGAUGGGCAGUGGGCCGAAUGGGACUCAAAGAACAUCAUGUUUAUUGUCACCUAUCAUGUUGCUGUCUGGUCAUCAGAGCGCGGUCUACACUAUGAAGUUUAAUCCUGCAGGAACAACAAUUGCUUCCGGGUCUCAUGACAGAGAAAUCUUCCUUUGGCACGUGACUGGUGAAUGUAAGAACUAUAUGGUUCUGAAAGGGCACAAGAAUGCCGUGUUGGAUCUUGAGUGGAAUAGUGAUGGAUCGCAGAUUAUUUCUGCUAGUUCAGACAAGACGUUAAGGGCUUGGGAUGUGGAGACGGGGAAACAAAUAAAGAAGAUGUCUGAGCAUUCCUCUUUUGUGAAUUCAUGCAGCCCGUCUCGCAGGGGUCCUCCUCUUGUUGUGAGUGGAUCAGAUGAUGGGACCGCUAAGCUCUGGGAUUUACGUCAAAGGGGUGCUAUACAGACUUUUCCAGAUAAAUAUCAGGUUACAGCUGUUGCCUUUUCCGAUGCAUCGGACAAGAUAUACAGUGGUGGAAUUGACAAUGUUGUCAAAGUGUGGGAUAUUAGGAGAAAUGAGGUGACUAUGACUCUUGAAGGUCAUCAGAAUACGAUAACGGGUAUGCAACUAAGCCCUGAUGGGUCAUACCUGCUUACUAAUGGAAUGGACUGUACUCUUCGUAUAUGGGAUAUGCGUCCAUAUGCACCGCAGAAUCGUUGUGUUAAGAUAAUGGAGGGACACCAGCACAAUGUGGAGCAGAAUCUUCUUAAGUGUAGCUGGUCAUCGGAUGGGAGCAAGGUUACUGCUGGCAGCUCUGAUCGGAUGGUGUAUAUUUGGGAUACCACUUCACGACGCAUACUAUAUAAACUUCCUGGCCAUAGUGGAUCAGUCAAUGAAUGUGUUUUUCACCCUUCUGAACCUAUUAUAGGAUCUUGCAGCAGUGAUAAACAGAUUUAUCUUGGGGAAAUCUAAGGGAUAGCCACUAACCCAGGCAAGUCUUAGUAUGUUAGUGCCUAGCAUUGGUGAUGCCGUAUGGACCAUCUUUUGUGAAUGUACUCGUUGUAGCUACCAUCUAUGUUUCAUUUUUCUUUUUUUCUUAAUUUCUAAAGAUUAGAUGUCUGAUGGGCUGUUGAUGGAUUGGUAAAUCGUUGAAAACUCAAACACAUGAUUUUGUUAUGACAGAGUGUUAUAUGAUGCCAUGUGAGGUUUUGUUUGUCCA